GUUGUCUUCGGAGAAGAGGAGAAAGAGCUCUCAUUUGCUGAGGCAACUCAGGAACUCAAUCGAACAAUGGAAUUCCAUUCUUCCAUAGGAAAUUUGGAUGAAGAUGGAUAUACUCAAUUAGACUUCAGCUCUUGCAAUAUCAUCAGGAAAUCUGUGGUCUCAGAGAAAGGAUUUUGUGCUGCCUCCCCUCGUUGGCGUCCCAUUGCUGUGACUUUGGGAAUAUUAUGCUUGGUAAUGCUGGUGAUAACUGUGGUCCUGUGUACCAUGGCUAUCUGGAGAUCCAGUUCAGGGAGCAACCUGUUGAAGAAUAACAGCUUUCAAUCAAGAAAUAAAGAGAACCACAGUCAACCCACACAAUCGUCUUUAGAAAGGAAUAUGGCUCCUACCAAGGCUCUCACGACCACAGGAGUUCUUUCUAGCUCUUGUCCCCCUAACUGGAUCACACAUCAGAAUAGCUGUUAUCUAUUUAGCACAUCAUUAGAUUCCUGGGAUACAAGUAAAAGACGGUGCUUUCAACUGGGCUCUAAUCUCCUGAAGAUAGACAGCUUAAAAGAGUUGGAAUUUAUAUCUAGGCAAGUGUCUUCCCAACCUGACCAUUCAUUUUGGAUAGGGCUUUCUCGCCGUCAGACUGAAGAACAAUGGCUCUGGGACGAUGGUUCAAUGUUGUUGUCUAACUUGUUUCAAAUCAGAACAGUUACCAAACAAGACUCAUCUCACAGUUGUGUAUGGAUUCAUGUGUCAGUCAUUUACGACCAACUUUGUAGUCGGCCUUCAUACAGUAUUUGUGAGAAGAAGCUGUCAAUAUAACGGUGGGGAUGUUGCCAUGGAGGAGCAGAGAGAAAUAUGUAAGAUAGUAAGGAGGGCAGAAAACAACAUGUUUAUGACCAAAAGCAUCAUAAAAAAAUCAUCCAAUUCCAUCUCUUUUUUUCUCAAACAGCCGAGAGAAUAUGUCUGCCAUAUCUCUAAGAGAAUCUUGUAUAAUGUGAAAUUGUAGGGAAUCUGCUGUUAUAAGAAAGCUUUCUCCUUUUUAAAUACUAUCAAUCAAAAAAAGAUCUGAUAAUGAAUAUAAAAAAGUAACUGUCCUAUUGACAGAGGUCUUAACAUUUUGUAAUGCAAAACAUGUUUUAUUACUUUUUAUGAUUACUGUUUUGCAGUUUUCAGCAAUUCCUCAGGAAUUAAUUACUGUAAAAAGGUAUUAUUGGAACAUAACUAAGUUCCCUCAUGUGAGGAUUUGUCUCUUUCUUAUUUUCUUUUAAACUUUCCCAUUGGUGCUAUUUAUAUUUCCAAUGGGGAUUUCCAUAUUACUGGAGAGGCAUUUACAGCCUUCUUGUAUUCAUUAAUAUGUGAACAGAAAUUGC